AUGAAAGAGAAGAAAGAGCGGGGCGGGAAGGGGGAAAGAGAAGGAGAAGGGAGGACGGGGGAUAAUACUAAGAAAGAGCGGGAAAAUGAGGAGAUAGGGGAUACGGAGAAUAGGAAUGAGCAAAAGAAGGGGAAUGUGACUGUGAAGGAGGAUGAGGGGAAGGAGGAUGAGGGGAAGGAGGAGAAGGGGAUUAAUGAGAACCAGAGUGAGAAGGAGAAGGAUAAAGAAGUGGGAGAGAACCCGUUUUUCGCUGACCCCGAAUGGCUUGCGAAAUUUCCCAAGCUACGACCUACUCAACAGCCGGUCGGAAUGUUCAGAACGGGGGAUCUGGUGAGGUAUGAGCAUGAUGGGUCCAUAAAGUUUGUUGGGCGGAUGAAGGUCUAA